GACUAAAAUCGAGAAUUCAUUAUUUCAAUUAUUGUUGAUGGCUAUAACAGAAUUAAAAAUGUAAAGUAUUAUUUGUCGCUUUUGUAGUGGGGCUUACGAAAUUAAUAUUAAAUACUUAUUUCAAUUAGUUUCAAAAGUAUUUCUUUAUCCACCUUAGUCAUUUAUAAUCUCUUAUAUAGGCAGUAUAUUUAUAAUUAUUGCUUCUUUUACGUAUCUAGUGAGAAUAAAACUAACGAUUUAUUUUUCAUUCUAAUCCUAAAAUGGAUUUAUUAAAUAAAGUAUAUCAAUAUAUCGUAGGAUACGAGGGUAAGUAUUAUCAUUAGAUUUAUAUUAAAACGAUUUAAAGAAAAUGUGAAUCGUUCGAAAUUCGAUGUAUCUAUUAUCUUCGAAUAAUUCUAUUUGAUUAUGUAAAAGAAACGAUUUUUUUAUCUAUAAAACAUAGAAAAUGGAAUUCUGAUCGAAAAUAAUUAUACAUAAAAAAGGGAAUAAUCAUUUUUCUAAAAUUUAAUUUAUAGACCCACGAGUUAAAGAUUGGAUAAUCUAUUCACCUUAUACAAUCGUAUUUAUUUUAUUCUGUUAUUUUUACUUCGUUUUCGUGUGUGGACCGCGGUUUAUGAAGAAUAGAAAUCCAUAUUCGUUAAAAACGUUUAUUAAAUAUUACAAUAUAUUUCAAAUUAUGAUGAACAGUUUUAUUGUGUAUAAAUUAAUAAAGGGCGGUUGGUUUACCAGCCUUUCGAUAUAUUGCGAACCUAUCACUUACAGUACGGAUCCUGUCAAAUUAGAGUUGUUAAAUGGCUGCUGGUGGACGAUGUUACUAAAACAUAUUGACCUAAUAGAAACAGGAAUAUAUGUGCUCCGAAAGAAAAAUCGGCAGAUUUCAUUUUUGCAUUUGUAUCACCAUGUCUCAACAGUGUUCAUCGGUUGGGUGUUUGGAAAAUAUUACUCCGAUGGAAUGGGCACAUUUAUUCCUUUAGUGAAUUGUACUGUACACGUGAUAAUGUACACGUAUUAUUUUCUUAGUACAUGUAGUUCAAAUAUCAAAAAUUUCAUUAAUCAAUUUAAAUUUUUAAUUACUAUCAUUCAAAUGAUACAACUCAUAAUAUUGAUUCCUCACAUCAUGCAAACGCUUUCACCGAAUUGUAAUUAUUCUAAAAUUCCUGGUCCUUUCAUAAUUUUUAAUUGUGCUGUUAAUUUCAUAUUAUUUUAUAAUUUCUACAAGAAAAACUAUUUAAUUAGAAAAGCGAAACAAAAUUAAGGUUAAU